AUUCUAGAAACUCAACUUUGGAUGGAUAUUAUUAGCAAGACUAUGGCACCAAAUGUUCCCAUUUCUUCCACAAUCACACCAGCUCGAAAACUUUCAAGUAUUCAAUUACCCACUAGGAAUAUUGCUCCUUUACAGCAAGUGAAAAUAUCUUCGAAAAUAAUAACCACUGAACAAGCA